UCCGCCCUCAGUUAAGAUGGCGGCGGCAGUAGCAGGCAAGGGCUCGGUCAGGCGCCUUCUCCGGUGUCCCCUGGCUGGUAUUGCAGCUCCUGCCAGGGGGCUCGUUCUGUCGCUUUGCCGUCCUCCGCGCGAGUGCGCCAGGCUUUCCUCCAGUUCUUCAAGGAGCGGCACGGACACCAAGUGGUGCCGUCGGCUCCGGUACGGCCGCGAGGGGAUCCCGGGCUGUUGUUCGUGAACGCGGGUAUGAACCAGUUCAAGCCCAUUUUCCUGGGCUCAGCAGAUCCCCGGAGUGAGCUAGCAAGUUACCGGCGGGUGGUGAACAGCCAGAAAUGUGUGCGCGCAGGUGGGAAGCACAAUGAUUUGGAGGAUGUGGGCCGAGAUGUUUAUCAUCACACGUUCUUUGAAAUGCUGGGGAACUGGUCCUUCGGUGAUUAUUUCAAAUGUCCUCCCAGCCACGUGCUUCCUUUUCAGUUGAAAGAUAACUUCUGGGAGAUGGGCGAUACUGGUCCCUGUGGACCCUGCACAGAAAUCCAUUAUGACCAUGUGGGCAGGGGUAGGAAUGUGGCAGCACUGGUGAACCAGGGCAACCCUGAUGUGGUGGAGAUCUGGAAUCUGGUUUUCAUGCAGUAUAGCAGAGAGGCUGAUGGGAGUCUACAGAAGCUGCCUGAGCAUCAUGUGGACACAGGAAUGGGUCUGGAAAGGUUCAUGACCAUUCUCCAGAAUAAGCGCUCCAUAGACACCGACCUCUUCACUCCUAUCCUGGAUGCCAUCCACAAGGGCUGUGGUGGGCCCAGAUAUCGGGGCUUGGUUGGAGAAGCUGCCGGGAGGGUGGACACGGCCUACAGAGUGGUGGCAGAUCACGUGCGCACCUUGUCCAUCUGCAUUGCCGAUGGUGUUUACCCAGGCAUGUCUGGUGCCGAGCUUGUCCUUCGCCAGAUCUUGCGCAGGGCUGUGCGGUUUUGCUCUGAAAUUCUCCAUGCGCCUGGGUUCCUGGCCAGCUUGGUUCCUGUUGUGGUGGAAAUUCUGGGAGAUGCCUAUCCGGAGCUAAGGAAGGAUACAGACACGAUUAUGAAUAUCAUCAGUGAGCAUGAGGAUGCCUUUCUCUCUUCCCUCCAGCGGGGGCGCCGCAUUAUAAACAGAACCCUCCAACAGAUGGAUCACUCCAAAGUCUUCCCAGUGGAGGUUGCUUGGUCUCUCCAUAGCAAUUUGGGUUUCCCGCUGGAUCUUGUUGGUUUGAUGCUGAAGGAGAAGGGAGUCCAGCUGGACGUUGCUGCUUUAGACCAUCUGGCUCGGGAAGAUGCUGAGCGCAAAUCUCAGCCACAGCAGGAGCAGAGAGCUGGGAUGCACCUGGACAUGCAUUCAUUGGCCAAGCUGAGGCAGGACGGGGUGCCUGUUACUGACGACACUCCGAAGUUUGCCUAUGAUCUUGGGCAGGAUGGCAGAUAUGUUUUCCAUCCGUGUCAAGCCACAGUCCUGAUGCUGUACAGUGAUGGGUCUUUCCGAAAGGAAGUUGGCAGAGGGCAACAGUGUGGGGUCCUUCUAGACAGAACCUGCUUCUAUGCUGAGCAGGGCGGCCAGGCACCUGACCAAGGCUACAUGCUGCAUGCAGCACAGCAGGACAUGCUUUUCCCAGUGGUAUCUGUACAAGUAUCUGGUGGCUAUGUGGUACAUGAAGUGAUUGUGUCAGAAACCCUGAAGGUCGGGGACCAAGUGCAGCUCUUUGUGGAUGAGGUCCAGAGGCUGGCCUGCAUGACAAACCACACAGCCACCCACCUGCUAAAUUUUGCACUUCGCCAGGUCUUGGGAGAUGGUACAGAGCAGCAGGGGUCCCAUGUGACUGCUGAGUAUCUGCGAUUCUCCAUCAGCACCAAGGCUCCCAUAACGAUGCAGCAGCUGCUAGACGUAGAAAGUGUGAUCCAGGAGGUGAUCAAAAGGAAUGAGGCGGUCUAUACUGGAGAAGCCCCCAUCAAGCUGGCGAGUGCUGUGCAAGGACUCCGGAAACUAAAUGAAGUGUACCCAGAUCUGGUGCGAGUGGUAUCCAUAGGGGUUCCAGUGGAAAGAGUGUUGGCUGCAAAGUCUAAAGAUGCCACGUCCACCUCUGUGGAGCUCUGCUGCGGAACGCACCUUCUGCAGACAGGAGCUGUACAAGACUUCACUAUCAUUUCUGAGCGGCAGCUGGUUAAAGGAAUCAGCCAUAUUGUUGCAGUGACCAGAGAGCAAGCCAAGCAAGCUCGGGAAGCUGGCCAGACUUUGGCUAAGGAAGUGGACUCCCUCACGGUGCGAGUGAAACUGGGAGGAACCGUGAUCGAUGAGGCCCAGAGACUCUCCAAAGAAGUUGGCCAGCUGACUAUUAUUGUGGACAGUACCACAAUACCUCAGUGGCAGAAGAGAGAGCUGCAGGCUACUCUUAAAACGCUGCAGCGAACAGCCAACACCGCAGUUAGAAAACUGGAAAUCAAACUGGCUGCAGAGAAAGCAGAUGAUCUGCUAGCAAAGUAUUCCAACCAGCCAUUCAUCAUAGAUACCAUCCCUGUUGAGUCGCCCUCAGUCCUGAUGAAAGUGGUCAACCAGUUAUGUGACAAGGUACCAGGGUCCUCAGUGAUGUUGCUAAGUCCACAAGCUUCUGGCCAGGUGUUCUGCGCCUGCCAGGUAUCCAAGAGUUCCUUGCCAGUGUUUUCUGCUGCUGACUGGGCCCUGGCUGUCUGCACUCAAAUGGGAGGCAAGGCAGGUGGUUCUGGAGUUGUAGCCAAGGGCAGCGGGACAACCAGUGACUUGCAAGGAGUUCUGACGGCAGCUCUGGAAUAUGCAAAGAGCAAACUCUGAUUCCUGCUUGCAAGGUCAACAUGUCAUCAUGUCUGUGCAAGAACACAGAGAUGGGACAGUUGCUUGGCUGUGGCUGCUAACAAGAACUGUCUACAUUGGCUAAGCAGCUUCUUUUGCAAUAUUGAGGUGGCCUUGCCCAUCUGGUCCUUCAUGAAACAUUAUUAUUGCAUCUGCAGAUAAUGGUGUGUGAGGAGCAAGGCUGUCCCAUAAAUGCAGAGGAAGGUAGCAGACAGUGACAUAAUGAAUCUGCCCAUCAAUGGGGCUGAGGGCACCCUGGUGAGAGGAAAGUAACCACAGUAUUGCCAUUACGGUAAUGAAUAGCAGAGAGGCAGGCUCAUGAUUCAGUUGGGGAUGAAGAAAGAUGGGCUCUUUUUCCCAGGAGACCAAGGCCUAUAAUGUUCAAAGGAGCUUAUUCCAGCAUAGUGUAAGGCUACCAUACUGUGCAUAUAUGUUUGUUCAGCAGUCUAGCAACAGAGGUUUCAGCCCUGUACUGUGUUAUUUAUGCAGAUCUUUUGAUCAGGAAAUUCUCUCAAUAUAGAGUUUCUACUAAGGAAAUCUACUUUACACAAAUCAUUGUUUCUAUAUUGCCUAGAUAACUUUCAUCAUCAAAAGUCAUCUUUGAGACUCUGAAUCUUACUAUAAUUUCCCCAAAAUGCAUAGUAACCUUUUGACCUAAUAGGAAAAAAAAGUUUUGUGACCAACAAACUGUUAAUUGCAUAAUUAAAAUGAAACCUAUUGCUGCUACUUAA